UGAACGAAACGUUUCUCUCAAGUUUGUAUUGAACAAUUCAACAAUGCUCAUCGAACUUUCGCUAUUUGUUUUAUUGUUGUUUUGUUGGCAUAAGUACCACACUGAAUAUAGUAGAAUAGGAAAGUACAUCAGGAACAUUCCAGGACCACCGAUAUGGCCGUUACUUGGCUGUCUUCCAAAUUUUAUGCAAGGCAAAUUAUUCCCGACACAAGAGACAAUUUGGCAAUCGGGACGAGAUUUCGAUCUGAAGUACUACCCAACUUAUAAAUUUUGGGAUACUCACAGGGCUUGCGUCAUUAUUUUGCAUCCAGAUAAUAUUGAAAAAUUAUUUACAAGUAUGAGACACAUACAAAAAAGUUUUCUCUAUAACACACUGCAUGGAUGGUUAGGGACUGGUUUACUAACGAGCCACGGAACUAAAUGGCAAACCAGGCGCAAGAUGCUAACGCCCGCAUUCCACUUCAAUAUUCUGCAGCAGUACUUUAAAAAUAUCGUAGAGAAUGGAGAAAAAACUAUGGAACAAUUGCUGUCCAAAGGAGAAGCUAUUUAUGAUGUCGACGAGGUGGUGUCGAAUUUCACUUUGAAAGUUAUUUGUGAAACGGCAAUGGGAGUGAAAUUUACCGAAGAGAACAUAAAUGAAUACAGAAAAGCGAUACACUGCGUAGGAAGUUCGGCCGUAUAUAGAUCUAUUUAUCCUUGGUUCGGACCGGAAUCUAUAUUUCGUAUGACUCAAAGAGGCCGUGAAUAUAAGCAGGCUUUAAAUACGCUGCACAGCUUCACUAAAAAGAUAAUACAAGAACGGAAAGAAUUUCACGACAAUACCAACGGUUAUUUUUUGGAGGAAUUCGCAUCAGAUGGUUCUAAAAAGUCUUUAACAGAUGAUAUAUAUCAUGGAUAUCGUAAAAAACGCUUGGCCAUGCUUGAUUUAUUAAUUGCGGCGCAGAGAGAUAACCAGCAAAUUGACGAUCAAGGUAUUCAGGAGGAAGUUGAUACGUUUACAUUUGAAGGUCAUGACACCUCUGCAGUUGCUCUGAUGUUUGCAGUACUAUUAAUUGCAGAACACGAAGAUGUGCAAAAUCGAAUUAGACGUGAGGUCAGUGAAAUCUUAGAUCGGACAAAUGGAAAAUUGGAAAUGUCGGAUGUUCAAAAUUUACAUUAUCUCGAAAUGUGUUUGAAAGAGUGUCUUCGCCUUCAUCCGAGCGUACCUUACAUGUCGCGAUACAUGUCAGAGGAUUUGCAAUUGACUGACUACUUAAUACCAAAAGGCACUUUGGUCCAAAUACACACGUACUCGGUACAUCGACUUCCAGAAUUUUGGCCAGAUCCAGAAAAAUUUGAUCCCGAGCGAUUUUCACCUGAAAACUCGGUAAAAAGACAUCCAUUCUCCUACAUUCCCUUCAGUGCCGGACCUCGAAAUUGUAUUGGUCAAAAAUUCGCUAUGAUACAAUUAAAAGUAUUUAUAGCUUACUUGAUCUACAAUUUUUAUUUGAAACCUGUUAUCGAAACGAAAGAAAUCAAAUUUAUAACAGAUAUCAUUCAUCGACCAAGUCGGCCAACUUAUGUAAAGUUGGCACCGAUAAAUAAGUAAUCGU